AUGGAGACUCCAUUUAAAGACUGUUCUCGACUAGAGAAUCUGGACACUCCAACCCCUCUGAAACACACAGACUUUUUUGCGUAUCUCGGACAUGCUGAUAGCGGUCAUUCAUCAUGUAAGCGAUUGUGCUGAGAUUAUGUUUAAUUUCUACUGACCGAAAACAUUCUCGUUGCUUCAUACGAUUGGUAUACUUUUUUCUGACACCCUUCUAGUUUCUCUUGAUUAAAAGGCAACAAAAUAUGUACAUGAAAUAUUGAGAGAAUCGCGUAUAAAAAUAUUUUGAAAUAGGUUGUAAGAAUAAGUCCUCUUAACAGAUAACGCAGUGCAUAUGGGUGGCGUAUCCUGAUACAUCGAGGGGGUACUACAUAGUUCCUAUGAGUAAGUUAGAACCAAACACCGAGUGGUAUUUAAAGGAAGUUCCAUUUUUAUGACUGAAUUGUAAUAUCUAUGUGAUUCUCAAACCGCUUCACGUUUUUCUCCCCGGAGCUCAGCCGAUUUUUUAAAUCUAUUUGUCUGCGCAGGUUAAAGCGCAGCUAUUAUCUUGAGUUCCACUUACUGGUAGGACAAUGCUUCACUGAUUACAAAGCUUCUUAAAAGAUGGUCGUAGAAUAAUAAGCCCCGGUUAAGAAGAUCAUCAAACAAUUAAUGCAGGAGGAAGACCUUCCUGAUUUUCUAUACAUACUUAAGAGAAGCAGUCUACUUUUCAUCAUUUCCAUGAUUAAAAACGUUUUAUACAACUUAACUUAUUUCAAAAAUACCAAGUCCAGAUUGCCAGUGGCUAAAACCGCAUUAUUUUGCAUAAAAUUACUAAUUGUGAGUCCGAAAAAUUCACUCUUGCAAAAUCGUUAUUGUAAGGAAGAGAACGAUACGCUAAUGGGCUAUCCAUCACCCUGUGCAUCACUCCUCACGGUUAAAAUGAAAUGUGGGAUACAAGAAAUAUUUCAAUUUAGGAAAUGUUUUGCCCCGUACGGUAAAUCCUUUCAUCUUGCUGGAGAAUGCAGAGAAUCUUAAAACGCCCCAUCGGUAACUGUGUGCAGAUGAAGCGUGAGGAGUAAACAAUAUAAACAUUUGGCAUACAUGUCGACUGUUAGGAUUUUAAAACAUAUUUAGAGAGACCCCUGGGAACCGUGGUCAGCCACGUACUUCCAAAACAGGGCAAAAUAUAACGGCAUGGUGUUCAUUACUGUACUUAUCGUUAAGAAAUUUCAAAUUUGGGCUUAAACAUUAUAAGCGUAUAGUUUCUCACUAUUAUACAGGGGCGUUUUCGCAACACGUCGAAGUAUUGUCCGCAUUUUAUAUUUUUAGAGCAAACAACUUAGACAGUAGGUAUUGACUUAUUGUGUUAUUUUAAGCUCAUCAUCAACGAUACAACGGUGGCGAUAUCUUUUUUCGACAAUAGCCUACGACAACGUUUUCAGUUCUGCAAAAGGCUUUUCUUUCGUCUCACUUGGGUAUCUAGGCCCCUUCUAGACUAAGUGUGUGGUACUUUGUUUUUUAAGAAAUUUGCGAUAAAAUUUCGAGUAUGGUCAGAAAUAAAGGCAGAUAGAUAUGAGGUACAACGAAAGUCUCAAACAUUUAUCUGUACGCGUAUCUCCGAGAAACAGGACUCUUCUAAAAAAUAAUCUGGAGUUAUGAAAGUUCACAUGGCAGUAUUCGAAAGAAUAGUUCGUGAGCAUGCGUUCACUUUUGAUAAGUUCUUACCAAUCUAGUACAUUUAUAUGGGAACGGAGUCAAAAGAAACAUGUCAGUGAUAAGGGGAAUCGGUUAAACUUCGUCCUAAGACACAAAUGUCGGGCGAAAAUAUGGGGGAUGUAGUGAAAGUCGUGUCCCUCCCAUUUUCUUUCACUCCGCUUGUGUCUUAAGUCAAACUUUAAUCGACUACUCUAAUUCCUGAAAUGUUUUACUUGAUCCGGUUCUCAUAUAAAUGAACUGGCGCGAAUUUAUCAAGAACAAACCUGUGCUCAUUAAAUAGUCUUUCAAAGUAGUUUUUCAUAUGUGUCAUUGUAGACCAACCCUUACGAAAAAAUGGCUAGACUAUUUUAAAUAUAUCUCCUACCAGAAUAUUUGACUCAAAUGUGAUUGAAAUAUAAUCUCCAGAUCAAUCAUACGCAAUUUCAUAAAAAUCAUUAGCGGUGCACCAUUUAUUAAUCUGAGUAGGCCACUGUUAUGACAUGUAUUGCCACCUGUGCAUCAUUAUUGCCUCAAUGAUUCUGGGUACCUAAAUUAAGUCCGUCAUCGUUUAAGAAAUGCUUACACAGAAGAUUUUUAUACUCAUUUCGCAGGAAGAUGCAUCCUGUUCAGAUUUCCAACUUAAAUGUUGAGACGUUUUGCCUUCGAAAAUCUACUAAUCCUUGUAGAUACUUAAGCCCAAUAUGGUGAAGGACCCAACUGUAUUUGCAACGUUCUGUUCUUUAAAGCAAAAUAAGAUAACUCCUGGAAUAUCUUCUUCCGUCUAUGAAAUGCUUGGAGAUUAUAGAUCGGAACAUUAAUGUAUGCGCAUACUCUGAGCCACAAGGUUUUAGCACAGUCUGCAGCAUUUUCCCAAUUGCAAGCUUCUUAUGUCAAACAACAGCUUUUAUUUAGCUACUUAACUUUAAACAACUGGACUACAAAUCGAUUUUAAGAGGAAUUUUUAUGCACCCUGUCGAAGGAGUAUUAUUAUCUUUGAGCGUACAUCAAAAUUCAACGAGCCGACAGCACAUUAUUGAAACUGGUUUUUCUCGAAUGCAAUUUGUGCGGUUGGACGGAAGUAUUUCAAACCAAAGAUCUUGUCUGCAUUCGUUUGAGGUUAUGCGCCAUGCUAAUCAGUACGGAAGCCGCCGUUAAAAAUUUCUUUCUAUUCUCAGGACUAUUGAAAUUUUUGCUCAAUUCAUUUUCAGUUUUAUCGGAUUGAAUGCGUCUUAGGGUAAUUUUGUCAGAACGAAAAUAAUUAAUACUAUAUGAGAAACAUUUUCUUUUCCAAAGUAAAAUUAAAUAGGUCUUUUGCGGAAGAUAUAGCUACAAAUGUCAGGGGAGACAUUUAAAUAUUUACUCAAUUUAUUUGCUUUCUGCUACCGGAUAAUAACUUGCUACUUACUCUACCAUAUGCUCUCCCUUCUGAAAGUCUGUUUUACAGCAAGCACAAGGACUAACUUAUCUCUUAAAGUAUCAGGAAAUCCUCACUGAACCGCCCUCACUGGUGUGUGCACCACCAAAUCCAUUGCCUUUGACCUGAGCAUGUCUUUUGGGUAUAGUUAUAGGAGUUUUGACGGAUAGUAGACUUCAGAGAUCUACUUAGGAUAAAAACUAAAUUAAGUUAUGCGUAGUGCUAACUUCUGACUCUGAAGAUUGCUUAAGCGAUCUUGACAACACACUAGCGUAAACCCGUGAGGUCAACAACUUUUCAGGCUUAUCAUAAGUUAAGGAUAGUGAAUGGGCAUUUAAUUGGAAUUUAUAUAUAUAUAUAUAUAUAAAUGGGGUGUGGUGGUAUGUCUAGAUGCGGGUCUGGUCAUGCUAACCAGCUUCGCCACUCCCGCCUCCGGUCCUCCUAACUAUGUCCGGCCCAGGUGGGAAGGAUAGAGUGCGGUAGAUGCUGGGCAAGUCUACUACCACUAUAAAGGUUCGAACUGACAUAUACGUGAAUGUAAACUUCAGUGUAUACUUGAUGUCUGUGUGCUUACGCAUAACGCGCACAGGAAACUAUAUGGUACAUCAUGAACCUGUUUUUUAUUUCAGCUACAUCCGCAGCCACGACACCCAUUCAGCAGCGGUCGCAGCAAGCGGAUCUUCUUGUAUCUAACAUAAAGACAGAAGAAUCAGUCUGCCAAGAACCCAGACCCCUUCUGAUUUAUGAUCAGUCAACCGCCGGAAGUGAGGCUAGACCUUUUACUCUGUCUACCCAAUAUCAAAUGCCGACGUACUAUGCGCACGCGCCACAAGAUGCAUGUUGCAGUCUGCGACCAAGCCAGUCUUAUCCACGACAGGUAAUUGGUGAGGGCAUAGCCCACUACGAGCUCUCUGUCCCCAUGCAGAUCGAGUCGGGCUCCAGCUUUACGCCUAGUGCAGCUCCGCCCGUUCCCUCGGGUUCCAGCGCCGUCUACACGCACCUCCAGCCAGUCCGCCUGACCGUCAGCGUGGAACCUUGUGCGCUGGAGCAUGGCAGCGGCACUCUCUUCGAAGCAACAAAUAAUCCCCGGCGCUACAGCAUGCCGCAAGCCCUCUCCAUGUAUGAGGAACCGCAGUCAUUACGGCACCCCUCACCCAUACAGCCCGCACCAGCACAGUUCAGUGGAUGUAGUACGCCUCUAUUCAGCUCACCCGUGAAGCCGGACCAGGCUGCAAGUAGGGAAAGCAGACCUGUGGACACAUUUGUCGAUCCUACCUCCGUUAGUGGCGCUUGUGGCCCGUCCAGUAGCAGGACUAGAAUAGAGCCCGCAACCUUGAAAGAAAAGCAAUUUCUCUGCAAUAUCGGGUCUUGUGAAAAGCGCUUUGCCCGUGUGGAUGAGUUAAAACGACACCAGAGAACACACAGUGACUAUCGUCCCUACUGCUGUGACACUUGCAACAAAGCUUUCACUCGAAGUGACCACUUGAUCACGCACAGACGUACGCAUACGGGAGAGAAACCCUAUCAGUGUCCACACUGUGACCGACGCUUUGCCCGUUCUGACGAACGUUCUAGGCAUAUAAAGACACACACGAACCCUAGGUUCCAGCAGGGUCGGGGAAGACGGCUUGGUGGAGUGAGUGGAGCCUCCAGGCAAAGGCAGCCCCCAAAUCCCCAGCAGCAGCAACAACACCAGCAGCAGCAGCAAACACCGAAAGGGGAUCCAACAGAUGAAGGAGGCUGUGGAUCCAGCACCCCUUACUCUCACAGUUGA